CACCGAUCAGAGCCGUCACGGUAACAGCUCGAGAGCAGAGCCGGUAAUCGGCAUUCCUCGGAGGUGACACGUACACUGAUCAUCAGGGCACUGAUUAUCAGUAUGCCCUGAUGAUCAGUGUAGCCCAUCAGUGCCAGCUGUUAGUGCCCAGCUGUCAGUGCCCAUCAGUGCCACCUGCCAGUGCCCAUCAGUGCCACAUCAAUGCCACAUAUCAGUGCCUACCAGUGCACAUCAAUGCCACAUAUCAGUGCCCAUCUGAGCUGCCUUUCAGUGCCCCCUAUCAGUGCCAGUCAGUGCCACCUAUCAGUGCUGCCAAUCAUUGCCACCUAUCUGUGCGCAUCAGU